AAUUCUGGAUUUUGUUUCCAUGCUGUAGUUUAUUAAUCGAUGAGGAAAAUAUUUCAGCCUUGUAUUCUGAAAAUAAAGUAAUAAAGUUUGUACACAAUAUUGUACAAUUCCUGAGAGGAAAUCAUCCAUUUCUGGGUCAGGGAGUCCCCCAUUUAUCACGUGUCCUGCAAGUGACCCAGUGUGGCGUGAUCAUGCAUAUCCAUAUUAGGUAAGUUAAGGGUUCGCUUAUUUAUCACCUGAGUAACCGAGCCUGACCUUCCCUUGCAAGCAGCCGGCACGUCACACUCCCCUCCGUAACCCCAAAUUCUGCUCAAACCAGCUGUGGAUUACACUAAUUCACAAUGCUCAAAGCAUUAGGAGAUCCUUAUGUUGUCGCUAAAUUCCAACAGACGUUUGGUCUAAGGAGGGUGGACGAAAAUGAUGACCUCUCCAAGAUGCGUGAUCAGAACGACUCCUCGUCGUUAGGAAAUGGACAUGUUUCCGAUGGAUAUUCUACACACAACAACCAUCUUCUCACGAACGGUUCAAAUCACGCCCAUCAGCGAAACGGAUUCGUCAAGCCUGAGCCACUAGAGAAGUCCAAAUCAGCUGGCAAGGAAAAGAAAAUCGGCCAGCAGUACGAGUGCAACAGAUUUUUCCACGCGCUUUUCGUGUUUGGUUCAACCCUGGGCUACGAGUCGUUUUAUCUCACAUUUUUUCCUUUCUUGAUUUGGAACAUUGACGAAUAUCUCGCUCGAAGAACUGUUAUUUUAUGGGCUGUUAUUAUGUACCUAGGUCAGAGUGCCAAAGAUGUCAUUCAGUGGCCAAGACCGCCAUCUCCUCCAGUGAUUUCUGUGGAGAAACGUUUCCAAGUGGAAUAUGGCAUGCCGUCGACCCACGCGAUGGUGGGGACUAUUAUUCCGUUUUGUUUGGUGUAUUUUAGUUACGAUCGUUACCAGUAUCCCUUAUACAUUGGUGUUAUAUUUGGAAUAUGUUGGUGUGUUCUGGUAUCAACCAGUCGUCUGUACAUGGGAAUGCACACACUGCAGGAUCUUCUUGUUGGCAUUGCAUUUGCUGUUGUUUUACUUGUCACUGUGAUUCCACUUCUGGAUGUGUCUAUUGACAAGUGGGUGUUCAGUUCUCCAAACACACCAAUUUUUCUCAUCGUGGUUCCAAUGAUCAUGAUCCUCAUGUACCCAUCACCACCAAAAUACACUCAGACAAAGGCAGAUACAGCUACCAUUAUAUUUGGAGCCUGUGGAGCACUGCUUGGUACUUGGGGAAGGUUUUACUUUCAAGGGGUGCCGGACCCUUACCAAGGGGCACCAUACCCAAUCCGAAUUCCUGGUUAUGAGGAGAUGUUUUGGAUGAUUGGCAAGUUUUUGUUUGGUGUUGGAGUGAUUAUUCCAACGCGUGCAGUGAUGAAGUCAACAGUACAUGCAGUUGUGCCAUGGCUUCUUGCAGAGACUGAUCCAAAGAAGAUGAAAUCUGUUUCAGAAAUCCCCCAUCGUUUCCUCACAUAUAUAACGGUUGGCUUCACUGCAGUGUUCUUUGUUCCUCACAUUUUUGCUUAUGUUGGAGUGUGACCAUCUCACAGUAGCAGUUCUCUCUGAUUACUAUUGAAGUCGUGGAUCAAUGUCAGUAUCUGAGCAAAAACACCCCUAACCCUACCUUAACCUGAUAACAGACAAGUGAUAACAGGUUAGGGUUAAUUUUGGACUGGGGAAGGCAUAGACAUGCAGUUUUUCAGAUACUGGCAUUGAUCUGAAGACAUCAUUCAAGGAGUAAAGGUAUAAUUGAUCCUUAACCUUGUAAACAAAAUUUUCAUUCUGUGCUACUGUGAGAUAAAAGAUAAGAAUCUUGGAAUUUCCUUUUAUUGAAUUUGUAGUUAUACUCCCAAAGAAUUGCAUUAACAAAGAGCCAAAAAUAUAAAUAUAUAAACCAAUGUAACUAAGGGCUGGUAAGCAGCAUGGCUAAGUGUUUGGUUGAAAACAUUGAUGACAUUUGUCAUUAGCAAUUAUAGGCUUCAGAUUUUGUGGACUGUUUACCAGCUCUCUAUGGUAUCAAAAACUGAUGGUCUUACCAAUUGUUGGUGUGUUCUGUAAUCAAUGACUGGCACAUGGUAAAGCUGGAAUCUUUUUUUAUCAAAAGAAAAAGAAAGCAGAGAAAAUUUCAAAACUUGCCCAGGAGCUCAACUGCCCAGAGAUUCCACUGCAUAUAUUUUUCAAGGUCACCAAUAACUUCUGUUUUGGUUUAUUUCAUCUUGAUGGUAAUCAAGUUCUGCUAAAUUAUUUUUCAAUGUCACAUCCUUUAACUUCAGAGUAAUCCUAUAAACUUUAUUUAUACCAAGAACCAUGUUGAGCAACUAGGUAAACACAUUUCCUAUGUAGCCAUGUGUCUAUACCUUGACAGAUCAUUUCAGCAAAGACCAAUCACAGAGUGGGUAAAAUUCACUUCGCUUAAGUGUAUGAACAUGUUACUAAGCAACAUAAAUAUAUCAGAGCUGUCUCAUUAUUUAGUAAAUCAUUAUAAUGAUCAUCAUGUAGGCAUAACAUCAGCUGCAGAAAAGGGACCAAAAAACAGAUGGCAACAAUGUUAAGUGCAAUGUCUUCAAUUUUUCUGCAACACAAACUUUUCCAUUUCUUGGCCUCAAAAAAGUAACCUUUAAGUAAAUGUCAUGAGCUCAUUGAUAAGAUUAUGGUUAGGUGCAGUUGGCCAUUCAAAAUAAUUUUGAAGUGUUAAAUUUAUUUUUUAGGUGAAAUUGUGGAAGGUUUUCUCGAAGAACAAACUUGAUAAUUUCCCAGAUGAAUGAUUGAAAUACAUACUCUCCCACAGUUCUAAACACAAUAUCAUCCAUAUUAGUUGUAGAAAGGGAAUUCAAGGUGCAAGAGAAUUGUAGAGGUGUCAAAGUUGAGCUGUAGCUGAUUUCUGUGUAUAGUUGUAACGAUUUUUUUAAGUUUUUGGACAUAUUUUCAUUUUUUCUUCUUCCAAAAACUAUUCUUAUGCAGGAAGCAAAAUACCGGAAAAAAUAUAUUUUGGGUAUUACUAAUGGUUCGGGAUUGAUGUCAGUGACAGCUGUUAUUUUCAUUGUCUAGUUUAAAAAUGGCCUCACUCAACAUUGUUCUCAAAAGUUGUGCCCCAAAAUAAUUUUUUAACUAUUUGCCUUUGUUUUGCAUUAUAAAAAUACUCUUUUGGGUAAGGUAAGGUAAGGAUUUUCCAAUUAAUGUUUUGUUACAUUCCAUAUAAAAAUGUGUUUCAAGCUUUGUGAGUUUCAUAUUGUAUUACAUCCAAACAUGUACUUAGUAUCUGUUAACUUGUCAGAAUUGUUUCUGAUCAAAAGCUAUGUAAAUAAUAAGAGUUGCUUCUAUUUUACUAGACUGUGCUGUGCACUGCUAUUAAUAUCAAAUCUUUAUUUCUUUCUCUGAUAAUGUAAAGAACAAUGAAUUUUUGGGAAGAUUUUAGAGAUAAUCAAGCCUAGUUCUUAGCCUUUUUCUCUUUGGUGUUAUCACUGCACUCAAGGAGAAUAAGGAUCUGUCAUGAUUGAGUAGGUUCUAGGUUUAACCCCUAAAUCUGCAUGAUUCCCAUUCUCGUUAUACGUAGACACUUUUUCUUGCAAAACUAGUUGAGCAAACUUAGUGUUUUGAAGAUAACUAUCUCAGACUGAAGAGUUUAUUUACUCUUAUCAUUUUGCCAAAGGAUGUAAUAAAUUAUAAAGGGUGUUGAGAAACUAUGUGUUGGUCAGUUAUGGCCAGGGACGUUUUAUACAAGCUUUACAAACUGAAUCAGAAGUAGGUACAAAUUAAUAGGGGGUUUUACUAAAUAACAAUUUAACUCUUUUAAUAAAUAUAGUGGGCGCACUGAAUUCUUAGAUUUUUCAAGACACACUUUGUGUUUGACAAGAAACUAAUGUCAAGUUGAGUUUUAGUAACAUUGAGCAAUUGUGUAAGCUCAAUCAAAAUGUGGUUCAUCUCUGUCAAUAGAUAGAGAAACAAGAGUAAAGUAUAAUAAAAACUUCACUAAAAAAGA